UCACUUUGUGUUUACGGACCCGAGCCGCGGACGCACCGAGCCGCCGGAGCUUUUACUACUUUCCGCUUUCUACUUUCCGUUUGUCAUGAGGACGCAGCGACGCGUCUGACGAGGGAACGAAGUUUAAACCCUUCGCGGAAAUACACGCCGCCUCUGCGGGACUGUUGUCUUUCCUCCUCCGUGUUCCGCUCCGUCAUGAGAUCAGGUGGACGGAGAGGCGCUGCUGCUCGCGACCAAAGACCCGCACCUGUCUGAUGUGAGGCUGCAGCUGCCCCACCCACCACCAUGUUCACCAAAAAGAAGAAGUCUCGGAUCCAAAUCUCUGCUCCAUCCAACUUUGAGCACCGUGUACAUACGGACUUUGAUGAGGAGGAGCAGAAGUUCGUCGGGCUGCCAAGGCAAUGGCAGUCGCUCAUCGAGGACACGGCCAAAAGGCCCAAACCCUUCAUCGACGCCACUGUCAUCACCACUGUAGAGCCGCGCAAGGCAAUCGUACGUGGCCACAAGAUGGGCGUGGAUGGCUCCCUGACCUGGCUGCUGGAUGAGUUUGACACCAUGUCCGUCACUCGCUCCAACUCCCUGCGACGAGGAAGUCCUCCCAUCCAACCGCGAAGGGACUCAAGUUCUUCAGGAGGAGGAGGCGGGCAGGAGAAUGGAGAUCCUCACCACAGACACUACUCACACCCAGACAGACAAGACAGUCACCGAACUAGACCAGAAGUUCCGAGUGGAGGUGACCCCCGCCAGGCUCAGCGUGCAGUCCGUUCUCCUCACAAGGAUGAUGGAGUUCAGGGUCGGCCCCAGCAGCAGCCUCGGGGCCAAGAGCCCAGCAGGGCCAACAGGGACAGACCAGGCUCCGGCCCGCCCCCUCCCCCCCACAGAGACAGAGAGUCACGGAACCGGGACCAGGAGCAGGUGGUUCGCAGGGAUCCACCCAGUGAUCACAGACCAAAGUCGAGCUACAUGACGCGGGACGGCAGCCCUCAAUCUCCCAGGGACAAGAGGCCUCUCUCUGGGCCCAACAUCCGUACCCCAAACCUGCCGGUAACAGAGGGAGUGAUAAAGACUGCCCAACAGACCACACGACCUUUCAACACCUACCCGAGGACAGACAGCGAGGGCGGACGCAGCCCCACCGGACAGCCGGUUCGACACCAUGAAUCUUCCCCUCAAAAUGGCCCCUCGAGUGGCUCCACCAGAGGUUCCUCCGGCUCCAAGCCUCCUGUCAGCCACCCCCAUCCUCAUCACACCUCCCACCCAAGCCUGACACCUGAGGCCUCCCAGCACCCACACACUCCUCACCCCAACCUUCCAGCUCCGCGGCCCCCCGUGGCCCCCGGGCCACCAGCGUCAAGUGCACCGUCCCAGGGCCGCUCACCGCAGAGGGAGCCCCAGAGGGUUUCCCAUGAGCAGUUCAGAGCGGCACUACAGAUGGUGGUGGAUCCAGGCGAUCCGCGAACCUACCUGGACCACUACAUUAAGAUAGGGGAGGGGUCCACGGGGAUCGUGUGUAUAGCCACAGUGAAGACUACGGGGAAGCUGGUCGCUGUGAAGAAAAUGGACCUGAGGAAACAACAACGCAGAGAACUCCUCUUCAACGAGGUGGUGAUCAUGCGGGACUAUCACCACGAGAAUGUGGUGGAGAUGUACAACAGUUACCUGGUGGGAGACGAGCUCUGGGUGGUCAUGGAGUUCCUGGAGGGAGGAGCUCUCACUGACAUCGUGACACACACCAGGAUGAACGAGGAGCAGAUUGCCACAGUAUGUCUGUCUGUCCUGAAGGCGUUGUCUGUCCUCCACACACAGGGUGUGAUCCACAGGGACAUAAAGAGUGACUCCAUCCUCCUCACUCAUGAUGGUCGGGUGAAGCUGUCAGAUUUUGGUUUCUGUGCUCAGGUGUCUAAGGAGGUGCAAAGGAGGAAGUCUCUGGUUGGAACACCGUACUGGAUGGCACCAGAGCUCAUAUCCAGGUUGCCUUAUGGACCAGAGGUGGACAUCUGGUCUCUGGGUAUCAUGGUCAUAGAGAUGGUGGACGGGGAGCCGCCGUACUUCAACGAGCCACCGCUCAAAGCCAUGAAGAUGAUUCGAGACAACCUUCCUCCCAAACUGAAGAAUCUGCACAAGGUCUCCCCUGUGCUCAAAGGCUUCUUGGACAGGUUGUUGGUUCGAGACCCUGCUCAGAGGGGCUCGGCCAGCGAGCUUCUCAAACACCCCUUCCUGGCGAAGGCUGGUCCACCAUCAUGCAUCGUCCCUCUGAUGAGGCAGAACAGGAUGAGAUGAGACAUGUGACAGUAACAGCCUCCAGACUGUGGAGGGCAGCGUGUGCAGGUUCAGAUGGAACAGAAUACUCCUGCACACAAAUGAGUGGCCCUCGUUAUGGAUGAGAGUCUGAUGGGUGUAAGCUGGGUGUGCAGGAGUAUUCUCUUUUCUUAUGUGAAUAUCUGAACUUUGAGGAGUGCAUUGCCUGAAUAAGAAGCAAGUUGGUGUGUGAGUGAGUGAGUGGGUGAGAGCCUUCACUUGGAAUCGUGAAGGUAGAGAACAGCAGAGAAGCAACAAACUGCCUGUCACAUGAUUUCAGCUGACUUCCUGUACGCUGAGUUUUAAUUUGAAGGUCCUGAACUGGAAAGAUUACGGACUGUGGCUGUUUUUAUUUUUCCAUUUGGACCUAACCUGGAUUGUGAGUGUGAUGGUUGGGUUUUGCACAACAGUUGGAUACGUCUAACGAGCCAAGAGCCUCUUGGGUCAUUUUAGAGCUAGUCGAAGCAACAUUUUAAUCACACUAUUUGACAGUUUGGAUUUUCUGCUCUACGAGGACGUCGCUCACCGAUGGAUUCCAGACUCUGACACUAUCCUCAUCACAUCCAGAACUUACUACUGAGGGCUGAACUCUAACGACUCACUAAUGAGCCAGAUGGACUUUAUUUUGUAGCCAUAAAAUACUAGCUUUCUGUUGUAAACAAGAAAACACACUAAAAAGAGGUAAACACUGGAGUUGUGGUUUGUUAACAGAUGAAAUUUUCUUAUUUUCUCCUUAUUUUCCUGUGUAAGUACAAUGAACAUAGAGAGAUAUAUCAGUCGUGAUGUUGUACUAUCUCUAUUUUGUGAUUGCUUUAUAAUUAUGAUUUGUUUUCUGGUUUAUUUUCGAGUGACGUGAUGUUUUAUGAAGCACUGGUGACAAGAGGUAGAGGCUGCACACAGAUAAUAGACACUAGACGUUUUAUUUAGUUUUUAGACCAGACGAUAAAAAAUACUUUUGACCUUUAACCUUAGAUGAGCAGGAAAAGCACAGAGAAGAAGAAGAAGAGAUGCACCACGUUGAAACGGAAUGAAAGAGCAGAUCAAAGGAGUCGUUUUCAAGCAGAUUUUUAAGUAACUCCUUCAGAGUCUUCUGAGGUAGAAAAAGCACAAGCUGCUUUUAGGACAAACACAAAGCUGUUUUCACUCUGUGGUGCACAUCAGCUUCUCGUGGUGCAAUCACUCUCCUUCAACAAACACACAGCAGCUGCUGUUUUUGGUAAAUGGUCGGCUGCUGACGUGAAGGAGCUCAUCGUGUUCUACUACAUGGCUUGUACAGUUGAAUCGAUGUUUGAUUACCGAGUUAAUGCGUCUGCCAGACCAUAAAUCCACCUCAUGUCCGAUUGUAACAGGAGCAGACUGAAGCUCUUUGGUCAUCCAGCCAGUCCCCUUUAUUCACAGAGCUCUUCAUGUAGCAAACAAACAAGCUUCAGAGAUCGGGGGGGAACGUGUUUUGUUCUGUUUCAUAUAAUCUGUCUUUGAUUGUUGUUGCUCAAUCACCCCCCCCCCCAAAGUCGUCAGCCUGCUGGAUGGAACCACAGAGAAGUCAUUGAGGUUCAGUUGGUCCUAAAGUCUGGAUAGUGUCCACCACCUGUGUCCUGAGAGGCGUCUUCAUCAGCAGACAUCAGUAGUUACACACUGUAGCAACACACAGGUUCUACACAGGAGGGAAUUAAAGAUACGGCCGCUGCUCUGUGAAGACAGAUCCCCCUGCUGGUUCCAUUCUUUUUACGUCUUCCAGUUCAGUUGCUCCACAGAGACGCUUCUUCUCAGACCAGACGUCAGACUGGUAACCCUUUUAAGAACAGUUUCCACUGGACAGGGGCGUGAAAACCAACUUCUCUCAAUAUUUUAAAUGUCUUUUAAAACGGCAACUAAGCAAAUGGACGCUUAUCAGGCGUCGUAGCACAAAACACUGUCAACCCCUUUAAUGCAGUACUGUAAAUACUGCUUUACAUACUCUGCAGCUGUAGACUCCCUGAACUGCAGCUCUCAGCUGAUUGUGAACAAUCACUCUGUGGGUUAAUAACUUCCUUCCGGGUGCCGUCUGUAACUUCAGGCUCUGGUCAUAUUUUCACACUGUUGACUUCUGCUGUCUUUUUAUAAAGCAACGUUAUCAUUCUUCCUAAAAAUGUGCGUUAUAAAUUUAACUCAGUCUGGAGCUGCUGCAGAACAAGUUUCUUUUAAGCGACUGCAGACUGAAUGUAUUUGACUCGUAAAACUUUAUCCCUGCCGCUCACAAACCUGCACUUCCAAGAACUUUGGGGUUGUUGUUUUGUGCGUUCUCUCCUCGGCAGCUCACCAGAAGGAACAUGGUCACAUUCAGUUGUGUUACGUUUCCGUGUUGGUAGCCAGGAUGAGCCGAGCUGAACGAAAUGAUGGUGAGUGACAAUCAGGUGUCAGGGAGGUAACAAGUUCAGGCUGUGAUAUUCAAAGAUAAGAAUUUCAAUGUUCUUGUUUUCUAGUUUGAGAGCGUUUCCUCCAAAUGGAAAACUUGAAUUUGAAUAUCGAUCUAAAUUUGGCAAAUAAUCAUAAUUUUGACCUUUGACUUAUUUUGAGAGAAAAUGUUUUAAUAAUAAAUGAUUUAACAAAAAUAGGCUUGCAUUUGAUAAAUUGGAAAAUAUUUCCCGAAAGUCAACACUGCGGAGAAAAAGUUUAUAUUUUCACUGGCCUGAAUCUAAAUGGUUUUAUGUAAUUUUCUCAAAAUAUGGAUUAGGUUUGGUAUCGUUUAUUUUCCGACCUGUGGCCUUAAUGCUCAUUGUUUUUACGUAGCUUGUUCCUGUUUGUUAGUUCGGGUGUAAACAACCUUUCCUGGUGUAACAGACGUCGAUGUUGUUCCUGUUUGGUCUCAUCUCACAUUCGAUCAGAUGUGAUUGUCGAUGUGAAAAUCUUAGACCGACUGAUGAUUCUCAUUAGUUCGACUGCAACACCACUUUAAUGAACCAGAUUCUACUGCUGUGUGUAGAUGUACAUGCUUCUGUGAAGGUUGUUUUUUGUGUAUGUGUGGACAUGUGUGCAUCAUCAUGACUUCAUGCCUUAACACUUACAAUCACUACUUGGUGGGUUAUUGUGAUUCUGACACUACGACUGUUAGUGAUGGUGAAAGGAGACGUCCUCAGUGCUUUACUCUCCCGUCUCUGUGACGUCUUCAGGAUACUUUAGAGUCGUGUGUGUGUGGGAUGGCCGGUGUCUGCAUCGGCUGCGUUUUCAUUGACAUUCCACACAGUUUUCAAUUUGCUUACCAAUGAAGAUUGAGGGUUUUUUAGUUUUUCCUAUGUGGUUACUGAGUGCCUCAAAGUGUCGGCCCGCUUCUCACCUCGAUGUGUUUCAUGACGGAGACCGGUCCUGUGGAAAGGGAUUUUUCAAGAAGCACGAUUCCUGACAAGGUUUUUUUUUGUGAGUCUCCGCUGCUUCACACAACGGAGCGUCCAGCUGGCUUCUGUUGGUUUCUUCACUAAUGGCCAACAAGCAGCUGAGGUGCCUCUGUUCAGGGUUUAGUUUUCUGCUCAGACGUUUCUGGAUUCGUUCUUCGUAGAUGAGAAGUCGUGGUUCUUGGAAAAACUCCUGCAGGACCGAACCUCUGGUUUCCACAGUGAACGUGAACAUUUCUGGUGUCGCCAGAUACAACAACCACUACUGAGCAACCAGCUCACUAUGAAAUAUGUGACAUGAACUAAUGAAUUCUUCCUCCUCAGAAAGACGAGACCACCUGGUUAACGUCUGAUGUCGAUCUGUUGUAGUUUUGACAUUGUGUGGUCAAACAUCAGAUUCAGACAAAUGUACCUGCACCAUCUUGUUUUUGUAAAUUUCACUGGUAUUGUAAAAACAUAGAUUUCACAUUGCAAAUUUUACUUUUUUUGCAAAUACAAUUUUUGUAAAAGUC